CGUCCCUGCGCCUCGUACAGAAAGUGGAGAUGCCUCCUGCCGGAGCACAGAUCUACUCCCCGUUUUCCGUGAAACUGUGAAAAGGAAAAGCCCAGUUGUUUGUUUUUUAACAGUCAGAAAGCCCAUGCUCUGCGAGCUUCCUCCACCACCUACACAGCUCAAAUAGGACUCUCCCAGGAUGCUGUCGAACAGCCCACACGUCGGUCACAAAGUGGCAGGCUGUUUGCUUUUCCUCUCUUUCUUUCACCUUGCUGCUGGCAGCUCAGGAAAAGACACACAGAACCAGGAUGAUUUGCACGUCAUUCACAACAAUCAGCUGGACCUGCGGGAGAUAGUGUUCGUCAUCCAGAGUCAAAGCAACACCUUCCAUGUGAGGCAGGCAGAAAGACGGAGAGAGGAUUUGCUCAAGCAGGCACACGGUUUUACGAAGAAACCACCGGUGGUUUUGCUUCUUCACAGUUUAUCAGAAAAUGAAGGCGACUGGAGCAUCCUUCCUCUGCUGCCUUACUUAUCGCGUUCCUUUGGGAAAAACUCUUCGUGGAUUGUAUUUCUUGAGGAAGAAACAAACGUGAAGUUGAUUGCCCUCAUCAAAGUCCUUGCAAAAGUUGACAAAAAUAAAGAGUGGUUUCUGGGUAAGCCCCUCUUUGAUGAGGAAUCGACCAUCAUCCAUCAUUAUGCCUUUGCAGAGAACCCCUCCAUCUUUAAAUAUCCAGACUUUGCUGCCUCUUGGGCCUUAAGCAUCCCCCUAGUUGUUCGGCUUGCAAAGAAGGUGAAAGAGGAGCCACUUAAAUCUGACUUCACUAUUGACCUUAAACAUGAGGUUGCCUUGUAUAUCUGGGACAAUGGGAAGGGUCCACAACUCACUGCAGUUCCUGAGCUGUGUACUGUGCCAGAGGACUCUCCCCAGGCCAGCCACUGUGCAACCACUGUGAGCAAAAAGCCUCCACUGUGUGGCGAGCCUGUAAAUAAAGAAGAUAUAUUUGUUGCUGUGAAAACAUGCAAGAAGUUUCACAGUGAAAGAGUGCCAGUGAUAAAGAAGACUUGGGAAAAGGACGCCUUAUUUUUGGAGUACUACAGCGAUCAUGCUGAUCCUUCAAUACCAACCAUUAAUUUAGGUGUUCCAAAUACUGAAAGGGGCCACUGUGGAAAAACAUUUGCAAUCCUUCAAAGAUAUCUAAGCAGCGCUGUCCCGGACACCAAGUGGCUCCUCAUUGUGGAUGAUGACACACUUAUCAGCAUCCCCAGACUGCAAGUCUUGCUAAGCUGUUAUGACUCCUCUGAACCAGUGAGUCUGGGGGAGCGAUACGGCUAUGGCUUGAGCCAAGGUGGCUACAGUUACAUAACAGGAGGUGGUGGUAUGGUGUUCAGCAGGGAAGCUGUGGUGCGACUUCUUAAGAGUGGCUGCAAGUGCUACAGCAAUGACGCGCCAGAUGACAUGGUGCUGGGCAUGUGCCUCAAUGCUCUCGGACUUCCCGUCACACACAGUCCUCUCUUCCACCAGGCACGCCCAGAGGACUAUGCCAGAGACUUCCUAGCUCACCAGGUGCCCAUCUCUUUUCAUAAACACUGGAACAUUGACCCCAUUGCUGUCUUCAACAAAUGGCUUAAGGAUGACUUCACAGCAAGUCAAGAUGAACUGAAAAGUGCAAAAACAGAACUAUAAUGAAUUUAAGCACAUAAACUAGCCUGUAUGAAUACUUUUAUAUGUAUGUACAGUGUGUGUAUGUCGAGUGAUGGGAAAAUUAUCAGUUCACAGAUGUAAAUGUUUUGGGGGUUUUUUUGUAAUGUUGAUGUUGAGCUGUUAUAAAGAAGGACCAUGCGAGCAUGUGUCCGUGAUUUAAUAUUUGAGUGUUUUCAUGACUGAGUUGCAUGUUAUGGUUGCUGUCAAAUUUGGGAAUAUGUGUAUAUUUAUAUCUUAAUCUAAUACCUUAUAGAGGAGCAUAUCGUUUCUUUGGAGAAAUGGUGUCUUUUACAAUGAUCACUAAUGCUGUACAAUGUGCUCUA